AUGGUUGUUGCUAUUUUGCUCACCGCGAAUUACCCCAUUGCGCUUUUCUGGUCUCAAGACAGGUUGGAGCCUCUCAGCAGCAGGGUCAUGUCCAUAACAAUCAUUUGGGAAUGGUUCGGGAGAAUACAAAUGACGUUCGGUGGCUUGCAGGCUUCGGUGGUGGACCUGAAUGUCAUUAAAUCAUGGAUGAGGGGACCUUUGGUUCUUGCGCAAGAUGCGUAG